GAAGGCAGAAGCCAGAAGGUGAAGUGCUUUGCCAGACUCAUACCAGAACCAGGAUUCAAAGUUCCAGAGACUAUGCUUUUCCUCAGACUCACGGACUAAACGAAGCCAAGGAUGACUUCUCGGGAUCAGCUGGUGCAGCAGGUGCUGCGGGAUCUGCAGGAGGCAGUGGAGUCCGAGGGCCUGCAAAGCCUCACCAGUGCCGCGGUGGAGGCCAAGCAGGUCCUGUCUUCCUUCACCCUCCCCGUCUGCCAGAAGGGUGGCCCUGGGCCCCAGGUGCUGGAGGUGGACUCGGUGGCCCUGAGUCUGUACCCCGAGGAUGCCCCUCAGAACAUGCUGCCCCUGGUGUGCCAGGGCGAGGGUAGUCUGCUGUUUGAAGCCGCCAGCAUGCUGCUGUGGGGGCACACCGGCCUCAGCUUGGAGCUGCGGGCCCGCACUGUGGUGGAGAUGCUGCUGCACAGGCACUAUUAUCUCCAGGGCAUGAUCGACUCCAAGGUGAUGCUGCAGGCUGUGCGCUACUCCCUGUGCUCCGAGGAGUCCCCCGAGAUGACCAACCUGUCUUCCGCCACGCUGGAGGCCAUCUUUGAUGCAGAUGUCAAGGCUACGUGCUUCCCUACCAGCUUCUCCAACGUGUGGCACUUGUACGCCCUGGCCUCCAUCCUGCAGCGCAAUAUCUACUCCAUCUACCCCAUGCGCAAUGUCAAGAUCCGACCCUAUUUUAACCGCGUUAUCAGGCCUCGCCGCUGCACCCACACGACCUCCAUGUUGCACAUCAUGUGGGCUGGCCAGCCCCUCACUAACCACCUCUUCCGCCACCAGUAUUUUGCCCCGGUGGUUGGGUUGGAAGAGGUGGAGGCUGAUGGUACUGCUACCCUGAACCCCACUCCUCCGGUCCUGGGUUCUCUGCGACCCCCCGCCGAGACCCUGGAGCUGCUCAACCGAGAACCUGGCCUCAGCUACUCCCACCUCUGUGACCGCUCCGGCAUCACCAAGAGCACCUUCUACCGCUGGCGGCGGCAGACCCAGGAGCACCGGCAGAAGGUGGCCGCCCGCUUCUCGGCCAAGCACUUCCUGCAGGACAGCUUCUACCGUGGGGGCCUUGUGCCCCUGCAACAGUUCCUGCAGAGAUUCCCGGAGAUCUCCCGUUCUACCUACUAUGCCUGGAAGCAUGAGCUGCUGGGCUCUGGUGCCGAUUCAGCCUCGGUCCCGGCUGCUCCAGCCGGGGAGGCACUGGCUGGGCCAGAGCUGGGGAGCCUGCCAGGGAAGAAGGCUGCCGAGGGACCGGGGCGCUCGUCCCUGGCGGCGGCGGCGUCAAGCCCUAGCGUGCUCUUCAUGCAGCGCGCCAAGUCCUACCUGGAACAUUGCAUCUCUCUGAACAAACUGGUACCCUAUCGCUGCUUCAAAUGCAGGUUCCCUGGCAUCUCGAGGUCCACCUACUACAACUGGAGGCGGAAGGCCCUCAAGAGGAGCCCCAGUUUCAAGCUGGCCCCGGCCCUUGCAACCGCGGAGUCUCUACCCCCAACAGAUGUUGGGGACGGGGCCCUGCUCUCUUUGAAGGAUGAGGUGGGAGAAGAGGGGACAGGGAAAGCAGGAGGUGGAGGCCCUCCUGUUUCCCAGGGGCUCGGUUCCACAAGGAUGCCCCUGUCUCGCUGGCAGAGGCGACUACGCAGGGCUGCCCGCAAGCAGGUGCUGAGUGGGCACCUGCCUUUCUGUCGCUUCCGCCUCCGCUACCCUAGCCUGUCACCCUCCACUUUUUGGGUAUGGAAAAGUCUUUCCCGGGGAUGGCCCAGGGUGCAGGCCUCCUCUUUGGGCCAAAGGAGGCAGGAGCCAGAUGAAGGGCAGGAGCCAAAUGAAUGGCCGGAGAUGGAAGGGGUUGAGAAUGUAUCAAAUGAAUGGCCGGAGAUGGAAGCGGUUGAGAAGGUAACGUCUGCGGUGGUUCCUCAGGUGGAGACACUGCCAGGGGUUGCUGCUUCAGAAAACACUCCAGAAGAUGCCCAGGGAGGGCCUUCUCGAGAACGGGUCAUCCAGGAGACACCUAUGACCCAGGGCCAACCCCACAGUGGAUUCCUGUCGAGCCAGGCUGUGGCAGCUGCAGCAGGUGGCAGGGAUGGCCAGGUGCUGGUGAUGGACAUGCUCACCACCACAAGGUUCAAGGCCCAAGCCAAGCUGUUCCUACAGAAGCGCUUCCAAUCCAAGACUUUCCCCUCCUACAAGGAGUUCCAAGCUCUCUUCCCCCUCACCGCCCGCUCCACCUACUACAUGUGGAAGCGGGCGCUCUUUGAAGGCCUCACGCUGGUUGAUGGCUGAUGAAGGGGAGACCUGAGAUGUCCCUGACUUGGCCAGGAUGCCCUUGACUCUCGUCUUCCAUAAUUUCCCUGCUUGGGAUGGAAAUGUGGAAAGUCAGCCACCUAUUCUAACGAAAGCUACAGGAGUGCCGAUGGACUCUUCGGGUGUUGGCUCGCCAUAUAUUUUUAUUGUGUUUAGUAUUUUUUUUUCCAUUAAAGUGGGUUGGCAGGACCCCCUUGCCAGUGGAUGUCAUGACUGUGCCCAAGCCUUCUGCAGCUUUCCCUGGGCCCACAAAGAGUAUUACAGCAUGGCCAUGUAUCUUGUCAGGCAGAAUAUAGCUUUACUUUUUUUAGGGUGAUGUCCUUUUUUCUCAAAGAUGUCUUCUAAAGAAACAAGAAAACUGAGUGUGAGGCAGGUGUGUGGCUUUGUCUCCUGCCCCCAGGGGAGAAGGUGCCAGGUUCUUCAUCCUCAUCAUCAUGGGGAAGGCCCCUAGGCACUGGAGACCCUGGAGAGGAAGACCUGCUCCCUCUGCUGGGGGAGGGGUCUCUGCCAGGCCUUGCCAGCCUGGCUGGCUGUUGAGCCGCAUCUUUGGCAAGGAGCCACAAGGUUAUAAAGGCUGAUGGGAGACUGAGUUUUCAUCGUCCAACAGCAAAGUUGGACAACCAAAGAA